AUGUCUCAUCAUUCCGUCACCGGCGGCAUCGCGCCAAUCCCGCCGACGAGCACCACGGCGCUGCUCCUCAUCGACAACCAACUCGGGUUUCGCGACGUAGCCGCCUGGGGAACUGGUGCCUCCAACCCGGAGUUUGAGAAAAACGUCACGGCGCUCAUCGCAGCUUUCCGCGAUGCCUGUGCAGAGAAGCCAGAGGGCCAGAGACCACUAAUCAUCCAUGUGCAGUAUCGUCCCGUCUGGACUGACCACCCGUUGCAUAUCAGCAAGGUUGGCCCAUUUGGGGCGAACAGGGAACAGGUACGCGCCAUUGACUUCCUCGAAUUUGCCGCGCCGAGGGUAAUGCGUCCGGAAGGGCCAAAGUUUGUCUAUACUCUCGACGAGACACCGCGUCCUGCGCCAGUGGAUCCCAAGAAGGACGCCGCGCCACCGCCACCUCCGGAUGAAAUUAUCAUGACCUCACAUGGGCACAGCGUGUUCAUCAACACGCCACUUGAGUCGCUCCUCAAUAAGCGUGGCAUCAAGACUCUACUCAUUGCAGGCAUGGCAACGGAUCUCGCUGUCAGCACGGCCGUUCGGACAGCCCAGAAUCUCGCUUUGACUGGAAAAUGGGGUGGACGCGGCAACAUGGCCGACGCAGCAGCCUCGGCAAGGUGGACUGACGGAGCGAGUGUGUUUGUCGAGGCGCAAGAGGAUGCGCCUGAGGAUGAGCGAGGAGAGGACGGACUUGCGGUUGAGAUGGCGCGCAUCAUUCUCAUCGGAGAUGCUACGAGGGCAUUUGGGAAAGCUGGAGUCGAUGCAGAGACGGUCCACAGUGUGCAUGUCGAGAGUCUGAGAGACUUUGCUGAAGUGAGGAGCACGGCUGAGGUUAUCGGCGCCUUUCACUGA